AUGCGAACCGAAGUGCCUGGACCUGAAAGUAAAAAACUUAUAAACGAAAUGGAGACAAUACAUCAAGCAACUUCAGUCAAAUUUUUUGCGGAUUAUGAAAAAUCUUUUGGAAAUUAUUUGGUGGAUGCAGAUGGAAAUAAUUUGUUGGAUGUUUAUACCCAAAUAUCUUCUCUCCCGCUUGGAUACAAUCAUCCAGAAUUGAUUGAAACUGCAAGAGAGAAUCGAUUUUUGACAUGUUCAGUAAGUAGACCAGCAUUGGGAGGAUACCCAAGAACUGACUUUGUUCAAAUUUUGAAAAAUUCUUUGGGUCAAGUUGCCCCUAAAGGAUUAGGGCAUGUCCAAGCAAUGCUUUGUGGAACCUCUGCAAAUGAAAAUGCAAUAAAAACAGCUUUUAUUCAUUACCAAACACGUAAAAGAGGAGGAAAACUUCCAUCAAAAGAAGAUAUGGAAAGUUGUAUGAAUAAUGAAAUACCUGGAAGUCCAAAUUUGUGUGUGCUUGGUUUUAGAGGCUCUUUUCAUGGUCGUUCACUUGGAAUGUUAAGCAUAACUCGGUUUUUCUUAAUUUUUAUAUUUUUGAAAAUUUUUUUGUAG